AUGGCGUCCUCCGUGCCGCCCACCAGCGCCGCCAGCCUGAACGUGGGCUGGGACCCGUCUCCGCUGUCCGCGGGCGACGACUUCGACGCCAACUCGCUCAUCGAGCGCACGCAGGAGGUCAAGGUGGACGUGAACGACUACUCGCGCUUCAAGGACAUCGGCGCCGACCUGGACGACGACGAGGACAAGGCCAAGCAGACGCAGACGCCCGCCAAGGUGGCGCCCAGCGCGGACUCCACGUGCCGCAACUGCAGCAAGCCUGGGGCCAAGCUCAAGUGCAGCUGCCAGGCCAGCGACUGGCAGUUCCACAAGCGCAUCUGCAAGAAGCCCGAGCCCCCCAAGAAGCCCGAGCCGCCGCGUCGCCCGCCCACGACCAGCUCCAGCUCUAGCUCUAGUUCCAGCUCGACGACUGCCGCUUCUUCGGCGAAGAAGACGACGUCGACGUCCAGCAGCAGCAGCAAGGCCAAGAGCUCGAGUGGAUCGUCGGUCGUGGUGGCGGAUGAGCCCGAUCUGCCCGAAGACAUGCGCGGCUACAAGAACGGCCUGCCCUACUUCCACCGCGAGCUGUCCAAGGAGGAGAAGAAUCUCAUUGGAGACAUCGCACCCCAGAAGAUUUGCGACCAAGCCGUGGGCCGAGGACAAGUGGAACGAGAUUUUUACUGGUGCCACCUACUCGGAGGGCAAUCUCCAACCACGCUGAAGCAACCGGAGAAGAUCACCGGCGACGCCAGCAUCUGCGUUGUGCGAGGCAAGAAGCGUUAUCUGUUCGACUUCAACUUUAAGCUGCCCUUUGAAGUGUCCAUCAGCGGCGGCAGCAUGUGCAAGGGCUCGUACGAGAUGCAGGAGGACAUUCGAACGACGAGGACUACGAGGUUGACCAAAAAGCCCAGCAGCGCCACCGAGCAGAGUGCCGUGCAGGCUUUUGUCGCUAAGAAGGGCAGCGGCCUGCAGAAGGAGCUCGUGCGACUCAUCGGCGUGUUUGCGAACGACUUCCAGCAACAAUAG